AUGGACAACAAUCUACCAAAAGAGGUGGACGCCUACCUUGAAGAGCUUUCUGGCCUCAGCGACCUUGACGUGCAGGCCAUAGUGAAGGAUCCGCUAGACACCAGUGAGAAGCAGGCAAUCAUAUGCCGUUUGAAGCAUCAUGCUUUGCCUUGCCCGGCUACCAAACUCGAGUUUGUGGUGUAUGCCCAAAGCGCUGUGUAUCCGGCCAGCCGUCACCCUCGUUUCGAGCUGAAUUUGAACACCGGACUUCAUCAACCUGAUCAUAUCAGCCUUGAUCCCGCUAACGAGUCAAGCCACUGGUUUUUGCUCGAUAUUGCUAUGGGGCGUGAACUUGGCCGUAACCUGUACGGUCCUAAUACGACCGACGCUUUCGCCGCUAUCCCUCGACGCUGGAUUUUGGAAGCAAUCGCAAAUUCGCUCAAUUGGCACCAAGAAAACGAACUUAACUCGGUCAACAGCGUUCUAAACGCUUGCCGAGGCUGGCGAUUCAUCGUCACAUCUGAAUUCUCUUCGAAAUUGGACGGGGCUAAAUGGGCCUUGCAACAACAGGGCUGUCCGGACAUUGUCAGCCGUGCCAUUACAGCGCGCAAAACUGGAGACGAACUCCCUGCGGCCCAGGUAAUGGCACUUUACGAUAUUGUUAUGACGAUCAACCGUGCCGAACUUGCGGCAGAUACGAAAUGA